CUGCCGCGUGUGCCGGCACGCUCGCCGCCGCGCUGCCAGCGGCGCAUCCAUCUCGGUUCCCGGCACUUCUCCUCCCAGCACGAACUUUUGAGAGGAGCCCUAAAUGAAUUACUUCCAGGUGAAAGGGUAGCACUCCCCUUCUCCCGCACAGCUCCGCACUGCCAACAGCCCUCCAGCCCCUGUUGCGCCCAUGCUAACAAAGGCCUGACAGCUUUUCAGUGCAGGGGAGGUGAAACACUAAUUGGCAGAACAAAUGAGCCUGCAGAAUAAUUUUCAGGCAGGAAUUCCCCUGAAUACAGCAGCUACCUACGGCCGGCUGGAGGUUUUAAAUGUGACGUCACCAGCUGGGUUAUUUCCACCAUCAUCCGGCACUGCCUUCAGCCACGCGAUGUGACUCUCCAUGGCGUUGCAGCAGCUUUUCCACAUGCGACGCGUCCUCCCCUCCUCCGAACGCUUCGUAGAGUUACACAAAGUGGCGGCAGGAAUCAACGGCUGCAGCAGGCAGCCCGAAAUGACAAGGCAAUUCAAAGGGAGAGCUAAGCUAGGAUUUAAUUUUAAGGACAGUCUCCUGACAAGCAUGCUCAGGCAGGUGCAAUCCAUGCAGAAACCGCUUUCCACCUCUCGCUGCCAGAGCGGACGACCUUGCUAGCAUAGAUUUUUGUCGUGCCCGUUGCCAGAUGAGCGACUCCUUCCAGAGGUAAAACACAGAACAGGUGUCCCCAGCCACCUGAGAAACGCACUGUAGCUCACGACAUGCAGCUCUCCAGCUUGCCUGCCAGAAGCGCGUGCAGCGGCGUUUUUCAUACGUGAAACAACCAGUUCCUUCUUUACUAAAAUCCAUGCCUGUGAGAUAUAUAAAUCUAUGGUUUAUGAUGCCUUCAAGGGCUUCCUGGUCUUAAAGACUGGUGCCAGGUAGCCCCUGCCCUCUGCACCGAAUGCUGCAGUGCAGAGGGAGAUCCCAGCUCUCAGAAGACUUAACAAGCAGCUGUGUGCGAGCGUCUCUUCUCAUACUCACACUGCCAGAACACUGCCUUUCCACUUCUGAAGAGAGGAAUAAAGAGGGGAGAACAAAAUGGCAGAUGUAAACUCCAAGAGAGUAUCUCAGUUCUUGCAGAAAUGCGUCAAGCCAGAGGACAACGGAGGAGACUCGCAGCCAAAAGAGGAGACAACAGAAGAGCAAUCUCUUCCUAUCAUCACUCAGUCCUACCCUCAGACAGUACAAGAGGAAAUAUCAAUGGUCUUCAACACAUACAAUAUGGCAGCCAACCUUGGGCCAGCCUCCAGGAGGAAGAGAGAGAAAGGCACCAGUCACGAUGGCACAAGUACCUCUCUCUACGUUGACCGCCGGAAGUCUAAAGUCUGGAAUUACUACACGAAGCUCGGAGACGCCUAUGUCGAGUGCAACGUCUGCAAGAAGCAGCUCUCCUUCCAUAACAGUACCACCACGAUGCGGGAGCACCUGGUGAGGAAGCACAGCAUCCGCGACACUUUACUGUCACAGCUCAAAGACGAUCAGGCUUCUGAGUCCGACUACACAGCUCAGGAAAACGUUGUGAAGCGGUCCAGGCAAACGACGCCAGAAAACAGUCUGUACCACGCCGCGUCCUGCUCAGAACCGAGGACUGACAUGAUUCUGGAGCUGGUGCUCGAGAUGAUAUUCCGCGACCUGCACCCUCUUUCCAUAGUAAAAGACAAAGGUUUUGGGCUCCUCAUUGGGUACCUGGAACCUAGUUUUACUCUCCCAUCACCUGUGCAGCUCUCCAGCAUGUUGUGGCACAGGUACAACGUAGUCAAGCAGCACCUAGAGCACUAUUUGCAAACAGCUCAGGCCAUCGUCAUCUGCGUGGAGUUCUGGGUCUCCCAGCUCAGUCAGACAUACCUGACAAUCAUGGCUAACUUCAUCGACGGGGAAUGGCGUCGGGCAAGGUGCGUUAUGGAAACGCAGCAAGUGCAUGAAAACAAAGCCGAGGGCAAUUUAGGAGAGAAGCUGUAUGCUGUCCUGUCUGAAUUUGGUUUGUCCAACAAGUCUGUUUUCUGCGUAAUGCAUGACAGCCUGCAGAACACAGCAGCGAAUUCGCAACAGCUGAAAAACGUGUACGGCUGGACCAGCCUGUGCUGCGCUGCUCACACCCUUCAUCUCUGCAUCAAAGCCGGGCUGGAAGUUGAGCAGGUACAAGAGGCUCUGAGCACUGCUCGGGGCAUUGUGAGACAGGACGCAAAAGCCACCUGCUCUUUAAAUAGUAAGCUAGAAGCCAUCAAUAAAACCAAGCUGAAACUGGUGAUGGACGUGGGGUCUCGCUGGAUAACAACAAUUGAAAUGUGCGAGAGUCUCCUGGAUCUCAAGUGGGCUAUCAUGUCCGUCUUAGAGGAACAUCCCAAAGGCAUAGCAGCUGUUCAGAACUUGGCUGACCACCAGUGGAAGCUCUUGCAGGACCUGGUACCAGUCAUGAGGACAAUUAAGAUUGCUACUUCGUUCUUGCGGGAGGAGCAGAACGUAUCCAUAUCGUCUCUGAUGCCUUGCAUUCAUGGGAUCGUCACUGCCAUUGGGCAGCAGUCGGAAGAGGCCAGCAGUGUCAUCAAGACAGUCGUAGGCAAUAUAAGGUCAGAGCUGACACAGCGCUGGGGCAUAUCGGAGGAUGAGAAAGUGCUGGAAAGCCCAGCAGUUAUUGCCUCCUUUUUAGACCCCCGAUUCAAAGAGAUGAGGUUUCUGAGCCCCAGCCUGAGAAGUGAACUACAUAAAAGAGUCAAAAAUAUGCUGUCGCAGGUUUUCAAUUACCAGUCCCCAUCUGCUACCCAUUUUUGGAUGCCAAACUCAGAUUACAAAGCAGAGGGUGGAGAAACAGCUAGCCAGCUGUCUGCUCACAAGGACAGAUGCUCAAGCAGCCAGUCACAGAGCAUGUAUGACAUCCUUUUGGGGAAGGACCCAACAGAGAGCAUGCCCGAGAUCCACCAGCAAUUGGAAAACUACAUUGUAGAGCCCCUCUGCAAACGCAGCACCAACCCCCUGGACUGGUGGAAAAGCAACGAGCACCGCUUCCCGGCCGUGGCAAGACUGAGCAGGCAGUACCUCGCUGUCCCAGCAACAGCUGUAUUGCCUGACCAGGCUUUCGCCGCCAGCGAGAGCGCCCUGGAACAUCGGCGGGCGGUCCUGGCACCUGAGAAUCUGGACCAAAUUCUGUUCUUGCACCAAAACUUUGAUUUUUUAGAAUCAAUGAGAAACAGUAAUGAGACUCGUAACAGAAGUCUACACUAAGAUGUGUGGAGAAGGGUAUGUGGAGCUCUUUCAUUGGUCAGCAGGUGUUUACUGGAUGUGUCAGGCUUUCCGACACUCAGUUGUUGGUCCAACACCCCCAGUGCAGUUACCCAUCUACGCCAGUGGGAGCCAAUGCUGAAUAUUUUUCCAAAUUCCUGCCUAUGCCUUUUUGUAAUCACUUUGGCAAUAUUCACAGUGAAGAGCAAGCUCAGGAGGAGGUGU